UGAGGGCAUACGGAACCCGCAUUUUAAAAAUGUAUUUCAUGUAACGAGUAGUUGUUGAAAUCCUCUCAGUUUCACAUUUCACGCGAACAAGUGAAGAUGUCCCUACAAUUCUUUUUACUGGUACUUACUCUACUCCAAGGGUCAAAAUCUCUUAAAGGAGAUUCCUUUUCGGAGACCGCAAAUAUCCUUCCCAAAGAUGGUGAGAAGGAUUUAUUCCCAAUAUUGCAAAAUAGAGUGCAAUCAACAAUUCCCCGGAUGAAGGAAUGGAACUUGGGGAAGAAAUCGAAUAUGGAGAUAAUAAAAAAUGGGACAGAAGAAACAGUUUCGAGAAGAAAGUCAAGAAUUCUCGGAAAUAUGUCUUUUUUGGCUGGUGUGGGAAUUGGUGGACUAUCAAAAGCAGCUUCAUCUGGAAUUUCUUCAUUUCCGAAAUUCUCAUUAGCUCUAAAUCUAAACUCUCUGGGCAUCCCCGCAGUUGUGGACCUUUAUCAGCAGUCCAAUUCUAACCCUUAUCAUUAUUUGAGCUCUGGAUCAGGAUUGCCCUUUGUGUAUCUGAUAACUCCAACUGUUGAAAAACCAGAGACCGAAACUCAAAAACAUCAAUUCCCGUGUCAAAAUGACGAGGAAUCUAUUGAAAUUGAAACUACCGGAGUUACUGACGUCGAGAGAACUGAAAAACCGAAAAAGAAAAAAUUAUCGGAAACGGCUGAGAGCGACGACGAUGAUCCCGAAUACGAAGAGGACGAAAAGUCCAGAGUCUUGCCAGAAAGACAGACAACAAAGGUAGGGGAAAAAAAGCGGACCGUCAGUAGCGAUCGCAAAAAACAAUCGGCUGUCACGACCGGAAGAGGUUCCACAACUUCGCGUCCAUUUUCAACAACAUUUUCAACACUGCCGGAAGAAUUGGUCGAUCCAGGAAAUGCGACAUUACCGAGUGAAGUUGCAAAUAGCACCGGAAGUACCAAUCAAACGGAAAAACCACCUUUUUUAGGGUAUUACGGUGGAAGUCCGCAGCCGAUAGAUCAUUACGACUUAACGAGGCCAAUAUCUCGACCUAUCUUCCUCAAUCCGGAAUACCAAUAUCCGCCAAACUUUACGCCAAACUUAACGCCAAACUUGACGCCAAACUUAACGCCAUACUUAACGCCAAACUUAACGCCAAACUUUCCGCCGAGCUUCCCGCCAAAUUUCAAAUCGAACGAUGAAUUCGAUUCAAGGAGGAUCGAAUCAACCGGCUCGUUUCCCUCGGAUCACGAAUCUCCGUACAAUUAUUUAGAUUAUGGCUAUCAUUCUAUUGUUAACGACCCAAAUUUGCAAUCUGGUUUUGUACCAGUUUCAUCCGAUAGGCCGGCACUAGAGCGGAAGUUAGGUCGAACUUAAUUCGAUCUGUUAACAAAAUUCAAAUUUUCCGCCAAAUUUCAAAUUUCGCCGCAAUUUCAUCCGACAGACCGCCACUUGAGCGGAAGGAUGAAAAUCUUUUUUAAUAAUUAUACAAGAUUGUCAUAAAGAUUAUAAUAAAUAUUUUCGAUUCCGUGGUUGAGUCAUUAGAGUCCUCUAUAUUUAUAAUACGUUAUUGUUCAUAGGUUAUUUAAAAAGUUACGUAGUUUUCAUAGCAGAGUUUCGAUGUGAUAUCAUAAGGAGAGAAAAUUCGAAGAAGAUGAAGAUAAAGAAAUGAAGAAAGAAACAAUUAGCAAAGACU